AUGGCUACCUACGAGACCGCCGAGGACAAAUACAUCACCAUCAACGGCAUCAAGCAUGCCUACCGCCUAUUCGGCCAAACCAGCGGGACCCCAUUGUUCCUCCACGUGCACUUCCGCGGCAACAUGGACUGGUGGGACCCAAUCUUCAUCAACCGGCUGGCGGCCAAGCGCCCGAUCCUACUGGUCGACAACACGGGCGUGGGCCGCAGCGAGGGCGAAGUCGGGACGAGUUUCGUCGCGUGGGCGCAGACCAUCAUCGAUGUGGCCGCGGCGCUGCACAUCCCCAAGCUGGACGUCCUGGGUUUCUCGAUGGGCGGCUUUGCCGCGCAACGCAUUGCCCUGCAAGCUCCGGAGCUGGUGCGACGGCUGAUCGUGGCCGGCGCGGGGCCCUCGGCGGGCGAGGGCGUCGUGGGCGGGGACCCUAAGUACUUCGCGGAAGUGGCGGGCGCGACGACGCUCGAGGACGCCAACACAGGGCUGAUGCACACAUUCUUCUCACCGUCCGCAAAAAAACAGACUAAGGCCGCGGAGUGGAUCAAGCGCAUGAGCUCGGCGCGCAAGGACCGCGCCCCCCUCCUGCAUGAGCAAGGAACACAGCGCCAGGUCGCGGCCGUACAGCGCUGGUUCUCGGGCGACUUCCGCGACGAGGGCUCCUUCGACAUGCUCGACCGCAUCACUGUCCCGACCCUCGUGGCCAAUGGCUCCAACGACCUCCUCGUCCCCACGGAGAACAGCAUCGCGCUGUGGAAGCGUCUCACCAACUGCGACGCCAGCCUGCACCUGUACCCGGAUUCCGGGCAUGGGUUUCUGGACGAGUACAAUGUGCACUUUUCGCAGCUAGUGAAUGAUUUCUUGGACGAGUAA